AUGUUGGAGUCAUCUGCUCUGGUAAACCUAUUAGACGCUGAAAAUUCCUCACUGGCUCUUCAUGAUGGACUGGUGCGGUUGUCUGGAGAAAGACAGUGUGAGGGGGAGCUGGAAGUUUUCCUCCAUCAGGUCUGGAGGAGAGUUCUGCUGGACUCCUGGAGUCUCACUGAAUCCUCUGUGGUCUGCAGACAGCUGGGCUGUGGCUCUGUGCUGAACUUCUACGGCUCCUCUUCAUCCAGUCCUGAACACAGUCAUGAGUGUGUGACGGGCUUCCAGUGCUCUGGGAGUGAAGCUCAUCUGGGGAACUGCAGCUCUCCACAAACUCUCAACUGCAGCUCCACACAACAGCUGUACAUCACCUGCCUUGGUCGAGGGUCCAUCAGGCUGGUGGGUUCUGGGGGAGACUGUGCAGGGAGGCUGGAGGUUUUUCACAGCGGCUCAUGGGGGACAGUGUGUGAUGACUCCUGGGAUAUUAAAGAUGCCCAUGUGGUGUGCAGACAGCUGCAGUGUGGAGUGGCCCUCAGUAACCAGCAGGUACCAGCCUGGUUUGGUCCUGGUUCUGGACACAUAUGGCUGGAUGAGGUGGAGUGUGAGGGGAAUGAGACGUCCCUGUGGAGCUGCUCUUCAUCAGGCUGGGGAAAACAUGACUGUAAUCACAAGGAGGAUGUUGGAGUCGUGUGCUCAGAGUUUAAAGAGGUCAGGUUAUCUGAGGGCUGUGAAGGGAAUGUGGAGGUUUUCUACAAUGGAUCCUGGGGUAAUGUGUGCUGGAACCAGAUGGACAGAGACACAGUGAGUCUGAUCUGUCAAGAGCUGAACUGUGGAAGAUCUGGUCUUUUGUCUGCUUCUACACCAAGACUGAAAUCAGCUCCUAACUGGCUGGAUAAAGUUACAUGUCGACCACAUGAUUCAAGUCUGUGGCACUGUCCAUCUUUAGCCUGGGGACAGAAUGACUGCAAAGGGGAUGAAGUGGCCACAAUCACCUGUUCAGAACAGAAAAGUCAUGUGUCCCCUCAAAGCUAUCUGACUUGGUCCACAUUUCCCCACCAGAGACAGAGUUCAGUGUUGCUGCUAUUCUAA